GGGCGUGUGCCGCCUCCCUGCCGCCGGGCCCGGGCGGCUCCGGACGGCCUCGGCCAGGGCCGCCGCGGAUGGUGGGCCGGGCCGCGGUGCUCAGGGCCGUUCCCCCGGCGCUCGGAUGGGCUGUAAAUAUCCAGCGAGGAAGCGCGGCUGUGGGAAGCCGGUGCCCGUCCUUUUAGUGCGUGGUCGGAAUGCGCUGCGGGCCGGUAGCAGCGGCACCUAACAGCGCUGGAGCUCCGCUUCCCGUCCGAUCCGUCGGGAAUAGCGGCCUUUUGUUUAUACGGGGCGCUGUCAAGUUGCGCCGAUCCUGCUCUUCUGCCCUGCUGGGAGAUCAGCAGCGAGCGAAGGGCCGAGACCCGGACAUCUUCCCCGAAGAAAAGUUAGGAGCCGGAGUUCUGUUGGCGCGUAGCGAGGAGGGCCAGAUUGCAGCACCAAGCUCUGUCUGCGCAAACGCCCGGGAUCCAGGCUGCGGGGAUUGAAGGAUUGCCUCUCCGAGCCCGGAUCCCAGCAGUGUUCAGGUCGUUAACUCCCACUGGAAAGGAUGCAGUAAAACCUGCAGAGCUGCAGAGAAGGGCAUUGAGGACAAUCAAGCGGAUAGAACAGCUUUUGUGAAAGAUCGGGGCGCCUCAGCUUGGCCAAGAGGUGGCUGAGGAGGAUAUGGGAACGUUCCUUGAAAUCAUCACUGUAAUGAGGAGAACGAACAGGCAAUGGGGAACGGAGAUGUUGUUGACGUGCGGCUGCCAAAAAACCACUACAUUUUAGCGACGUUAUGGUCCGUGCUGUCCCAAGGGAGAAGGGUCCGGGAGUGCUUUCUGAAAACGUCAGGCUUUAUUUUCUUCAGCUCGUGGUCAUAGAGGAGCUCGGGAUCAAAGGUGACAAGAAUAGCAGAGCAGAGAAGUUAAGAAUGAUGCAGAGAACGCAGAUGUGAAGAACAAAGGAGAGAGGAAGGAGCUGAGCCUGGUGUAGUGGGGGAGAGAAGAAGAAGCCUAAAUCGCAGGUAACAAUGCCUGUCGAAAGAAUGCGGAUGCGCCCAUGGCUGGAAGAACAAAUAAAUUCUAACACAAUACCGGGGCUGAAAUGGCUAAAUAAGGAGAAGAAGAUUUUUCAGAUUCCCUGGAUGCAUGCUGCAAGACAUGGGUGGGAUGUUGAAAAAGAUGCUCCCUUAUUUAGAAACUGGGCAAUUCAUACAGGAAAAUACCAGUCAGGAGUAGAUAAACCCGACCCAAAGACAUGGAAGGCAAACUUCCGGUGUGCUAUGAACUCUCUGCCUGAUAUAGAAGAAGUGAAGGACAAAAGUAUAAAGAAAGGAAACAAUGCCUUCAGGGUGUACCGGAUGCUGCCGUUAUCUGAAAGACCUUCCAAAAAAGGAAAAAAAACGAAGUCUGAGAAGGAUGACAAGUUCAAACAAAUUAAGCAAGAGCCAGUUGAAUCAUCUUUUGGGAUUAAUGGGCUAAAUGACGUUUCUUCUGACUAUUUCCUGUCCUCCAGUAUAAAAAAUGAAGUUGACAGUACAGUGAACAUUGUAGUUGUAGGACAGCCGCACCUUGAUGGCAGCAGUGAGGAGCAGGUGAUAGUUGCCAAUCCUCCGGACGUUUGCCAGGUAGUAGAGGUGACAACAGAAAGUGAUGAACAGCCUCUCAGCAUGAGCCAGCUGUACCCCCUACAGAUCUCCCCUGUCUCGUCCUAUGCAGAAAGUGAAACAACUGACAGCGUUCCAAGCGAUGAAGAAAAUGCAGAGGGACGACUUCAUUGGCAGAAGAAAAACAUUGAAGGCAAACAGUAUCUCAGCAAUCUGGGAAUGCGGAACACUUCUCAUAUGCUUCCCAGCAUGGCUACUUUUGUAGCCAACAAGCCUGACCUCCAGGUCACCAUCAAAGAAGAAAGCUGCCCGCUGCCUUACAACAGCUCCUGGCCCCCCUUCCCAGAUAUCCCUCUGCCACAAGUAGUGUCCACAGCCUCCACGAGCAGCAGCCGGCCAGACCGCGAGACACGGGCUAGCGUCAUCAAGAAAACGUCAGACAUCACCCAGUCAAGAGUCAAGAGCUGCUAAGCCUCUGACAGUGUGUUUUUUAGCUUUGUUUUGUUUGGUUUUGUAUCUUAUGUUUCUCUAGGAGAGGUUCAUCCCUUGACGCACAUUAGACAAAUCUAAGGUAAAGAAAGCCUUGGCAAUAUAAAACAUUGCUGUGUCUGACUCCAGUGCCGGAGUGUUUUUAACUCAGGACUCCAGCCGUCAGUAUGUACAUCUGAACCCAGGUGGACUUGCAAGGUUGCUACGUAGGAAAAAAAAAAACCAAAACACAAGAACUUUGGCCCACUUGCAGGUUCCAGUGUUUCAUAAGAGGACCAACUGACCACAAGGGAAGUGGUGCUGCUGCGCUUCUUGCUGUCAAGGCUGUGAUGGAACUGAAAGCCUCAGAAUGGAAGAGAAAAUGUGAACUAGCUGGAAUAUUUUUAAAUAAAAAAAAAAAGUCUAUUGUGAAUAUUGUACAUAGUGCAGUACUAGCAACGUUGCAGUCUGCUUCUGCACCUUAUUAAGAAAGCACUUACAAAAGGCCUUUUAUUACCUUGCUCUACUUAAUGGCACAUUGAAGGUCCCUCCCCACCUGUAUUCUUUUCCAAGGCUAUUCUUGCUAAAGUGUCUUUAAAGAAUAGUGGAAAGGAAAGAAAGUUAAAACUUCCCAUGUGGAUUUCAUACAUUUUAAGACUGCUUUUCUCGUGUUUGUUUUCUAAUCUGCUAUGCUUGAAUGCCGCGUGGUACAAUAGGGGAAAAAAAAAAACAACUAUUACAGAGGUGUUAUGCAAAUUCCCAGAUUUAAAAAAAAGAAGAAGAAUACUCUAAUUCUAACCAGAGCAAGCUUUUUUAUUUUUUAUACAGGGGAAUAUUUUAUUCAAAAUAAAAUUCUAAAGUGAAUAUAAUUUUUUUUAAUCUUUUCUACAGCAAAUUUAUAAUUUUAAGAUUCAAUCCUUGGUUAUCAGCAGUUAUUACAUCCUUGUGGCACAUUUUUUUUUUAAUUUUGUAAAGGUGAAAUAGCUUUUAUGAGCUCAUGUAGCAAUCAGAUUAUCCUGUGGAUUGAUAAUAAAUAUGGUAUAUAGUUAAAUUUUUAAUAA